UGGAUCUUCUCCUCCAACGCUUCUGAAUCCAUUAAUUACACCAUCGAUCGUUCCCUCCCUUAUUGUACGUAGGAGCUGAAGUUAGAAAUUCCCUGAGCUGGAAUGAUCAUAUGAGCUCAUUUACUCUGGAAAAGAAAAAUUAGAUGAGAAGUACUUGUCCAGGCCAACCACAGUAUAAUACUAUUGAUGAUCGCAAGUCUUACUGUACACUAGUUUCUAUAUAGCCAGAAGCAUGUUUCUAUCGAAACCCUCAACUGCUCAGCAUAAGAUCAAAUACCCGGGCGCAUUUGUUUAUUUAUUUUCUCCUUUCUCGUCCCCAACCAAAGCCCACAAUCAAGCUACUCUCUCUCUCUCUCUCUCUCUCUCUCUCUCUAUCUCUCAUCAUCACAUCACCGAUUCACCAUGCAUUCUCCUACCUUUACCUACACAUCGUCAAGCGAGAGUGCAGUUUGGGAGGCUGAUGAAGAUUCCACUUUUCUUUCUCUUGGCCCUCCUGGCCCACGUAACAGCAAGAACCCGGUCUAUAUUCCCCAUUCAAACCACCAUGUGCCUCCCCCAAUUCCUUCCAGCGUUGGGGGUACUGCAUCAGUAGCCCUUCACGUUGGUCCUCCAUCAGGACCCAGUUCUAGCAACCCUGAUGAAAUCGCUGUUCCUGUUGAAGGCCAAUACUGGAUUCCUUCACCGGCGCAAAUCCUUGCCGGCCCAACACAGUUCUCAUGCACUGUCUGCAACAAAACAUUCAACAGAUACAACAACAUGCAGAUGCAUAUGUGGGCGCAUGGAUCACAAUACCGCAAGGGCCCAGAAUCUUUGAGAGGGUCGAAACCUACUUCCUCCAUUCUGAGACUGCCAUGCUAUUGUUGUGCUGAGGGUUGCAAGAACAAUAUAGAGCAUCCAAGGUCAAAGCCAUUGAAAGAUUUCAGGACACUUCAGACUCAUUACAAGCGAAUGCACGGAGUCAAACCGUACGGGUGCCAAAAAUGUGGGAAAGCACUUGCGGUCCGAGGGGAUUGGAAGACUCACGAGAAGAAUUGUGGGAAGCUUUGGUUUUGUAUUUGUGGUUCUAAUUUCAAACACAAGAGGUCACUUAAAGACCAUGUUAAGGCAUUUGGGGAUGGCCAUGCUCCGCACUCUGCGCGGGAGCUAUGUGAGGUUGAAGAAAAAGAAGACGACGAUGACCACGGUAAUGAAAAUGAAAACGGAGGUCAUAGAUCUGUUUUCUUUCAAUAAUAAACUUGGAGUUUAAGCUUAACUUAGUAAGAUUAAGGUUUGGUAAUUAGUGACUGUAUGUGUGUUGUGUGAGAGAGUGAGAGAGGAAGAAGAUGAAGACAAACAGCAUACUGAAACCCAAGGUUCUAGGCAUGAAAUAUGUUGUAAUGUCAAGAGAGAGAGAGAGUUUUUGGUUCUGAAGGCUCAGUGACUGUGAGCUUACUAACACUUUGAUCAGCCCCACUGUCAGUGACUGAGGGUAACGAGGGACCACGGAAAGAUUACUGCUUUUGGCUGUCACUUAAAGUUCUUGAGGGCUUGUCUUUUUUUCCUUUUCGUACCAACCACAAACAGACAGCUUAGAGGAAAAAAGAAAAGGCACAGGCAGAUACAACCAAACGUUUUUUAGACGCCCGUUUCUUUGCUUUAACCCUAAUACUACAAGGAAUGCAGGCCUAGCAGCCUUCACUCUA